GGGAUGUCCCGUCGGGCGAAGGAGGAGUUUCACCGGUCGUACGCCGUCAGCGACCCCCGCGGCCACCCGAAAGGCUACACGGAGUACAAAGUCACGGCCAAAUUUGUCUCAAAGGUGAAUCCAGAUGACAUCAAGGAGAUCGUGGUGUGGAAGAGGUACAGCGACUUUAAGAAGCUGCACGCAGAUUUGGCUUACACCCAUCGCAAUCUCUUCCGUCGCAUGGAGGAUUUCCCGGCUUUCCCGCGAGCGCAGGUCUUUGGCCGGUUUGACCCUGAGGUGAUUGAAGAGCGGAGGAAGGCGGCGGAAGACAUGUUGUGCUUCACCAUCCACAUCCCGGCCUUAAAUAACAGCCCCCAGCUGAAGGAGUUCUUCCGGAAGGCGGCAAACUCGGAGACUCGGUUCAGUGGGAAAGCAGCGGUCGCUUCGUCCUUCCAGGGCGGAGAGGGGCAGAGUUAUCCCAGGCACUGGGAGUCGCCAUCCCUGCCUCUCCCUCUCAUCCCGGUGCCUGCGGCAGGAGUCGAACAGGGCGAGGAGGCUCUGGGGCUGGUUCAGGAGGAUGGGCUGCUGGAUCCAAAGCCAGAGGUGGCCAGCAAAGAUGGCGUCUCUGAGCCCCAAAUGGAGAACCAAGAGGGGGCCUCUGACGCUGUGGAACAAGAGGAGGAUCUGGAUGCCCUCUUUGCCUUCAGGGAGGAAGACGAGGAAGGAGCCAAGAACGCCUCACCUUCUCACUGCCUCUUAUCGGUCCAAGAAUUAGCCCUCUUUGACCCCUUCUCCAAAGAAGCUUCUACUGCCACUGGUCUCUCCCACGAAGACGAUCUGGCUUCUCUGGAGGCCUCGGAGACCAAACCAGAAUUCCUGCUCAGCACAGACAUGACGCAAAAACCUGAGGCAGGAGGUGCCUUGUAUCUGCCCGAAGCGACUGAGCGGAUCCGGCAAGCUGUGCUGUGUGAAGCCUCCAGAGACUAUCAGGGGGCCUUUCAUGGCUACCGCAGUGGAGUUGACUUGCUCCUUCAGGGUCUUCAUGGCGAUCCAAAUCUAGCCCGCAGGGAAGCAGUGAAGAAGAAGACAGCCGAAUACCUUCAGAGGGCCGAAGAAAUCUUCCAGCAACAUUUGAAGCAUCUGGAACUCUGACUUCCAAUCCACCAUGAGUUGCUUGUAUUUCCUGCUGCCAACAGACCCGGGUUUCAGGCUGACCGCUUUCCCAAGGCCGUUUUUGUCGGGGGCUUGGAAUUCCUACAUAAAACAACGUCGUAAAUUUUUUCUUCCA